AGGGUUUUUCUUUCUCGCAACAACCCCCCCCCCAUACUCCCGCCCCUCGCCUCAAUCCCGCUUCCAUUUUUUUUUUUUUGAGUCUUGUUAAUUUCUCCAAGCUGCUGUUACCGCUGCGGCCGCUGCCGCUGCCAGAGAAGGGGGAGCGCUGGAAUUGACGCUCGGAGGCUUUAACUCCUACAGCCGCUGGACAAGUCUGAGAAGCCCGGAGUGAGGGUGAGCAGAGGAGAGCAGGAAUCGUGGGAGACGCCAGAGGCUCCCCUCUAGCCUCCCCCGACUCACACCGGAGGUGCAGGGAGCACAAAAAGAGCAGAAAGCAGGAAAUCUACCACCUUCGUGCAAGCAACUUUUUUUUCCCCCUCUCUCUUGUUAUUGUUGACCAACCCGAAGGAGUGAGUGAGAAACAGAGAACGAUCACAGAGGGAAAUCUACUCUCAGCUGAACCUCAACUGGGACUGGGAACAGCGCUGACACACACACGCGCACCCUCAUUCACCUCCAUUUCUGGAAUAGCCGGCGCGCAUAUACACACACACUCACUCACAUACACUGUGCACCUUUCUUUCUCUCUUCUCGAUACCCAUUCGCGCCCAUCCACAUCCAUCUGAGCGAUACAAUAAGGGGAUAUGCGAUUUGGACAUGUAAUUGUCGGCAAAGGAUUUAAGACUUCCGAAAAAUGAAGCUGGCUUCAAGACUGUGGGUCUGUGUGAGCCUUCUCGUGGUAGCCUGGACCCUCCAGCCCGGAGCUUCUCAGUCAGUGUGUGCUGGAACAGAAAACAAACUGAGCUCUCUCUCUGACCUGGAACAGCAGUAUCGUGCCUUGCGUAAAUACUAUGAAAACUGUGAGGUAGUCAUGGGCAACCUGGAGAUAACCAGCAUCGAGCACAACCGUGAUCUCUCCUUCUUACGGUCCAUUCGAGAAGUCACUGGGUAUGUCUUGGUGGCUCUUAAUCAGUUUCGCUACCUGCCUCUGGAGAAUUUGCGUAUCAUACGUGGAACAAAACUUUAUGAGGAUCGAUAUGCCCUGGCAAUCUUUUUAAACUACAGGAAAGAUGGGAAUUUUGGACUUCAAGAACUGGGUCUGAAGAACUUGACUGAAAUCUUAAAUGGAGGAGUAUAUGUUGACCAGAACAAAUUCCUCUGUUAUGCAGACACCAUUCAUUGGCAAGAUAUUGUUCGCAACCCAUGGCCUUCUAAUUUUACACUGGUUUCAACCAAUGGUAGCUCAGGAUGUGGGCGGUGCCACAAGUCUUGCACAGGCCGAUGUUGGGGACCCACAGAGCACCACUGCCAGAGCUUGACCAAGACUGUAUGUGCAGAGCAGUGUGAUGGCAGGUGCUAUGGCCCGUAUGUAAGUGAUUGCUGCCAUCGAGAAUGUGCUGGAGGCUGCUCAGGACCUAAAGACACAGACUGCUUUGCCUGCAUGAAUUUCAAUGACAGUGGAGCAUGUGUCACCCAAUGCCCCCAAACAUUUGUCUACAAUCCAACCACCUUUCAACUAGAGCACAAUUUCAAUGCAAAGUAUACCUAUGGAGCCUUCUGUGUCAAGAAAUGCCCACAUAACUUUGUGGUAGAUUCCAGUUCUUGUGUGCGGGCUUGUCCUAGUUCCAAAAUGGAGGUUGAAGAAAAUGGGAUUAAAAUGUGUAAACCUUGUACUGACAUUUGUCCCAAAGCAUGUGAUGGCAUUGGCACAGGAACUCUGAUGUCUGCUCAGACUGUGGAUUCCAGCAACAUUGACAAAUUCGUAAACUGUACCAAGAUCAAUGGGAAUUUGAUCUUUCUCGUCACUGGUAUUCAUGGGGAUCCUUACAAUGCAAUUGAAGCCAUGGAUCCUGAGAAACUGAACAUUUUCCGAACAGUCAGAGAAAUAACAGGUUUCUUGAACAUACAGUCUUGGCCCCCAAAUAUGACAGAUUUCAGUGUCUUUUCUAACCUGGUCACCAUUGGUGGAAGAGUACUGUAUAGUGGCCUCUCAUUGCUUAUCCUUAAGCAACAAGGCAUCACCUCUUUGCAGUUCCAGUCCUUGAAGGAAAUCAGUGCAGGAAACAUCUAUAUAACUGACAACACCAACCUAUGUUACUACCAUACAGUUAAUUGGACUACCCUCUUCAGUACUCUCAACCAAAGAAUAGUGAUUCGUGACAACAGAAAGGCAGAGAAUUGCACUGCAGAAGGAAUGGUAUGUAAUCUUCUGUGUUCAAGUGAUGGCUGCUGGGGGCCAGGUCCAGACCAAUGCUUAUCCUGUAAACGUUUCAGCAGGGGACGGACUUGCAUCGAGUCCUGUAAUCUCUAUGAUGGUGAAUUUCGAGAGUUUGAGAAUGGUUCCAUCUGUGUGGAAUGUGACCCCCAGUGUGAGAAGAUGGAAGAUGGCAUCUUGACAUGCCAUGGACCGGGGCCAGAUAACUGCACUAAGUGUUCUCAUUUUAAGGAUGGCCCAAACUGUGUGGAAAAAUGUCCUGAUGGAUUACAGGGGGCCAGUAGCUUUAUAUUCAAAUAUGCUGACCAGGACCAUGAAUGCCACCCCUGUCACCCAAACUGCACCCAAGGGUGUAGCGGUCCCUCUAGUCAUGACUGCAUUUACUACCCAUGGACGGGCCAUUCCACUUUACCACAACAUGCUAGAACUCCCCUGAUUGCUGCAGGAGUCAUUGGUGGACUCUUCAUCCUCGUGAUCGUGGGCCUGACAUUUGCCGUGUAUGUUCGUCGCAAGAGUAUCAAAAAGAAGAGAGCAUUGAGAAGGUUCCUGGAGACAGAGUUGGUAGAACCCUUAACCCCAAGUGGUACAGCACCUAACCAGGCCCAACUUCGAAUCCUAAAAGAAACUGAGCUCAAAAGAGUGAAAGUACUUGGAUCUGGAGCAUUUGGAACUGUAUAUAAGGGAAUCUGGGUACCUGAAGGAGAGACAGUAAAGAUACCUGUGGCUAUAAAAAUUCUCAAUGAGACAACUGGUCCAAAAGCAAAUGUUGAAUUCAUGGAUGAAGCUUUGAUCAUGGCAAGUAUGGAUCACCCACACUUGGUACGAUUAUUGGGUGUCUGUCUGAGCCCAACAAUUCAGUUGGUUACUCAACUAAUGCCUCAUGGCUGCCUAUUGGAUUAUGUUCAUGAACAUAAAGAUAACAUUGGCUCCCAACUCCUACUUAACUGGUGUGUCCAGAUAGCUAAGGGGAUGAUGUACCUGGAAGAGAGGCGCCUUGUUCAUCGAGACCUGGCAGCUCGUAAUGUCUUGGUGAAGUCACCAAACCACGUGAAGAUCACUGACUUUGGUCUGGCCAGACUCUUAGAAGGGGAUGAGAAGGAAUAUAAUGCUGAUGGAGGGAAGAUGCCAAUUAAAUGGAUGGCCCUGGAGUGCAUCCACUAUAGGAAAUUCACCCAUCAGAGUGACGUUUGGAGCUAUGGGGUCACCAUUUGGGAACUAAUGACCUUUGGUGGAAAGCCUUAUGAUGGAAUCCCAACAAGAGAAAUACCAGAUUUAUUAGAGAAAGGAGAACGCUUGCCUCAGCCUCCUAUCUGCACCAUUGAUGUUUAUAUGGUCAUGGUCAAAUGUUGGAUGAUUGAUGCUGACAGCAGACCUAAAUUCAAAGAACUGGCUGCUGAAUUUUCCAGAAUGGCUCGUGACCCUCAACGAUACCUAGUCAUUCAGGGUGAUGAUCGUAUGAAGCUUCCUAGUCCAAAUGAUAGCAAGUUCUUCCAGAAUCUUCUGGAUGAGGAGGACCUGGAAGAUAUGAUGGAUGCUGAGGAAUACUUAGUGCCUCAAGCCUUCAAUAUCCCACCACCUAUCUAUACUUCCAGAGCAAGAAUUGACUCUAAUAGGAGUGAAUUUGGACACAGCCCUCCUCCUGCCUACACCCCCAUGUCAGGAAACCAAUUUGUGUAUAGAGAUGGGGGCUUUGCUACAGAACAAGGAGUAUCUGUGCCAUACAGGGCCACCAGCUGUAUAAUCCCUGAAGCCCCUGUUGUACAAGGGGCCACAGCGGAGAUUUUUGAUGACACGUGUUGUAAUGGCACUCUGCGCAAACAAGUGGCACCCCUUGUCCAGGAGGACAGCAGCACCCAAAGAUAUAGUGCUGACCCCACAGUAUUUGCAGCAGAACGGAGCCCACGAGGAGAAAUGGAUGAAGAUGGGUAUAUGACUCCAAUGCGUGACAAGCCCAAACAAGAUUACCUGAACCCUGUGGAAGAGAAUCCUUUUGUUUCUCGGCGAAAGAAUGGUGACCUUCAAGCCUUGGAUAACCCUGAAUAUCAUAAUGCCUCCAAUGGGCCACAAAAAGCAGAGGAUGAGUAUGUGAAUGAGCCACUGUACCUCAAUACCUUUGCCAACACCUUGGGAAAUGUAGAGUACCUGAAGAACAAUGGCCUGCCUGGACCCGAGAAAGCCAAGAAAGCUUUUGACAACCCUGAUUACUGGAACCACAGCCUUCCUCCUCGAAGCACCCUUCAACACCCAGACUACCUGCAGGAGUACAGCACAAAAUAUUUUUACAAACAAAAUGGACGGAUCCGGCCUAUUGUGGCAGAGAACCCUGAAUACCUCUCUGAGUUCUCCCUGAAGCCAGGCACUGUGCUGCCUCCUCCACCCUACAGACACCGGAACACGGUGGUGUAGGCCUGUCAGUGUUCCAGAACGGAGAGACAUUCCCUCUCCAGUGUCCAUGCGCCACUCCUCUUUGGUCCCCCCUCUCUUUCUCUUGUGGGCUUCCUCUACUUUCCAGGCCAGUCUUUUUGAGCUAUCCAAACAGAAGCUGUUAAGGAUGCACUCAGAGAAUGAAAAGUCCUGUACUGUUCUCGUUUGGAACUUAGAAUGAAGGAAAGAAAGAGAAAGACAGGAGGGACCACACUGUUUUUGGUUUCUCCACAUGGGGAGGUCAUGACAGAAUGGCCAGGAAAGGACCAGUACGUUUCACUUGCCUGCUGUCAAAAUAGUUCUUGAUUUUUAAAACUCAGACAUGAUAGAGAAAGUCACAUGGUGUCUGUUUCUAUCAGCAGGAACUUAUGAGCACAUAUUCAGCAUUCCUGGAAAUCAUAAUGUAGUUUCCAUUAGGAAAAGGACAAUUUUUUAUAUCACAUAGGAUAGUAUAAUAGUUGAGAUUGAGAAUCCAAUUUCUGUAACAAUUUCUAUCCUGGCAACUAAAAAUGGCUAACUUGGCUUUCAUAACUAUUUGAAGCUCCAUCAAAGUUAUAAGAAAUAAUUCUAUGAUUUCUUGUCUUUGGCCAGUCCUUUCAUCUUAGCCCCUCUCCCAGUUUUUGGCCCUUUUUUUCUAAUUGCAGAGAUUUUACAUUGAUGCUUUGGUACAUGUCAUUAACAUUUUUAUGUGUUGAGAUAAUUUAACAAAAUAGUUUAAAUAAGAAUUCCUCUUAGGAUUGCAAAAACGGCAAAACCUCAAAUACACAUUUUUUGAGGCUAAAAAGAAGGCCAAGACAUAAGAUAUAUACAACCAAAAUCUCAUUUUCAUGAUUUAUUGUAAUAAACAUGAGACUCGCAAACAUAAAGCACAUCUCGCAAAACUUUCACUGCUCCCUCCAUUAUUGAUAAUAGUUAAAAGGCAGUAGGCAAUGCUGGGUCUAAGAGAGAAACCAAGAGACAGUUCUGCGUGGUUCAUGAAAACUGCUGAUAUAUUCAGGGGUGGCCCACUGAGUAAUCUUUUAAACUGGAAGAAAAACACUGGAUUGGGUGAACUUACAUACCUGGCAAAAUGCUCAGGAAUGUAGUUUGCACUUAAGCUACAAUUUUAUUUGUUCUCAUUCUGAACUCUUCUGGAUUUUGAAAGAAGCAAUAUGGAAGUGACCAGCAAAUUCAAAUUAUUUAAAUAUGUUUUUUUUUAAAGAGUAAUGAUGAAGAAAGACUGUGGAAAUGCCAAACCAAGUAAAUUACAUCUUUGGAACAAUAUCCAGGGAUUAUGGGAAGGCCAAGCACAUUGUCUAUUUGUGACAUCACAACGAUGUUAUGGAGAAAGGCCACCCAGUCCUCAUGCUCCAUAUGAAGGAAAUUGACAUGAGCAAGACCUGAACUGAAGUCCAUGGAGUGUCUAGUAUUAGGACUAUAGUUGUUGAAAUAGAAGUUAACUCUAGCACAUAAGGUGGUAUAGUAUGUAGAAGGUUAAAAAAAAAUACAGACAUGCAUGGCUCAGAGGAAUUGGGAUUAUAAAAAGUAUAAAUGAUCAUGAUGAUUUUUUUCCAAGCUUUGAUUUUAUUUUCUGACACACUGAUCUUUUUUUUUAAACUUUUGCAUAAAGUUUUAUUUAACCAUUAUGUUAAUUUAGAAAACCUUUGUAUCAUUGUGAAUUUUAACACUACUAGAUGUGAGAUGGUGAUGGGCCUAAUGGCAGAAGUAAGAGCUUCAGAUGCACUAGAAAUGUUCUUCUUUGGGGUGUGAGUAAAAAAAAAAAAAUCUACCUAA